AUUUGAGUUUUAUUCAUAAGUGAGCAGUUAAACAGCUAAUCAGGUCAAGAAUUUAAACACUUCAUUCACUCAUUCCAUUUAGUCUGCUGGGGAAUGUAAAUGUGUAUUAAUGAACGACCUCAUUAGCAUGCAUGUUAAUGUACCAUCAUAAAUAGGGGGAUAGUGUGCAGUUCAAGAGGCUCUUAUUGAGAGCAAUGACAGUGAGCAAGUAUACAAGGUCAGAGGUCACGCACACUGGGUCACAGACAUGCACGCGGCCGCAGUAUCUGUCUAGUCAUCUGACUGUGGAGAGUUUCGGGUGACGGCUCCUUUAAGAAAGCGGAACUGAACGUCGCUGUUUGACGUGCUGAGGAUGUGGUGGGCAGGAAACGCUGUGCAAGAAGAGCAAAAGCAGAGAGACGAUCACGCUUCCUAGCAGCAUCUACGGUGUUUGCACAAUACGGUGCGAUCAAAAUGCGCUUUAAUCCGCCACGCUGAUGUCCAGGAGCGGUCGGAUCGGGAGUCCGCGGCCGUCGCAGAGGGUUUGCCGGCGUGGGGUUUGAGUGCUUGCCGAUCGAGAGGGCAGCAUUCCCAGCCUGCUCGCUUUGAAAACAUCGGGGCUGGUCAGCGGGUGGUGGAACGAGAACGAGAGAGGGAGAGAGAAAGAGAGAGAGAGAGAAGAGGCUUCGUCGCGGAAAAAGGAGGUGUCUGCCUUUUUUUUUCUUUUCUCCCCCCUUUACACCACCCACCCGGGCCAUGAGGGAGUACAAAGUGGUUGUUUUGGGGUCAGGAGGAGUGGGCAAAUCCGCGCUGACUGUCCAGUUCGUGACGGGCUCCUUCAUCGAGAAGUACGACCCCACGAUAGAGGAUUUCUACAGGAAGGAGAUCGAGGUGGACUCGUCCCCGUCCGUGUUGGAGAUCCUGGACACGGCGGGGACCGAGCAGUUCGCCUCCAUGCGAGACCUGUACAUCAAAAACGGGCAGGGCUUCAUCCUGGUCUACAGUCUGGUCAACCAGCAGAGCUUCCAGGAUAUCAAGCCCAUGAGAGACCAGAUCAUCCGGGUGAAGAGGUACGAGAGGGUGCCCAUGAUCCUGGUGGGGAACAAGGUGGACCUGGAGGGAGAGAGAGAGGUGUCUUCCGGGGAAGGCAAGGCGCUGGCUCAGGACUGGAGCUGCCCGUUUAUGGAAACUUCCGCCAAAAAUAAAGGAUCAGUCGAUGAAUUGUUUGCAGAGAUAGUCAGACAGAUGAACUACACAACAGUUCCUAGUGGUGGUGACCAGUGCUGCUCAUGUGUCCUGCUUUAAAAAAACAAAACAACAAAAAGUCCACAUCCCAGCUGGACUUGAGCUUCUUUACUUGUCCUGCAGGCUUCUCUCUCUCCUCACACUGUUGUCUUAUUGUUGCACACAAACAUAAAAAUCGACCAUGACAACAAUCGAUCAUGUAUAAUAGUCUGGAAAAAGUGUUUACAUGACAAAAGUUACUUGAAUGUUUUGGGAUUUUUUUUAUAGCUUUGUAUAAUACUUCUCUGAAAAUGUGCCUCAAUGGGAAUGUCUUAUUGUGAAACCUAAGAGACAUCUGCUUUUUUUUGUUCUGUUCUUCUUCUUCUUUUUUUUAAAUGUGUUAAUUUUGGUGAUUUUAUUUUUAUUAGGUUGUUACUGUUACAUAUCCUGGGCCGGCCCGUCUUGUCUUCAGGUGGUCCUGGUUUUGGGAUCUUUAUGGCUUCAAUUACAGAGCAGGAAACUUGACAGUACUAAAAAAAAAAAACAUACGCUCUUAAACGUAUCAAUCACCACUCAAGCCUUUGCACAGGUUAUUCAAAUCUGAUCGACACAAUUUAUCCCCUCAAAAAAAAUCCCACCAUUGAAGAGACUGUAUUUAAAGCUGUGGACUGUGGUGGAGUUGUUUCCUGACAUAUUAUUUGAGUUUUGUUGUGCUGAAAGUGGUUUUAUCAUGGAUCUUGCACUUAGCUGACGGUGUCCCUCCUCAGUGUGCACAAACAAGGACCAUAGUGCAUUGCUGUCGCUGCAUGGGGAACACCACAACCCCAUGUCAAGUGCCUUCCCAAGAAAAACUCCUGUGACUGUGCCAACCGAUGAGCCCUUCUUCCUCUGCAGUGCGUCUUGAUGGCAAUCAUAACUUUUUUAAAGCAGUUUUCAGUAUCUAGUUUCAUUUGGUGUUUAAGUGAGAAAAGCUUCUUCCUGCUGUACUUUUAGGAAGCUGAGCUUGUGUCAGACCAGCUGAUUCAGGGUCAGAUUCCACCAGGUACUAGUCCCGACAAGAAAAACAGAGAAUCUUUGAACCUUGCAGGAUUUUGGUUCAGUGAAUGGCAAGCCAUGUCUGUAUUAUCUAGAAUUUUUCCUUUUCUAAUAAUGUGACCUUUUUUCUUUUUUUUUUUUUUGGACUUCUACAGUAAUUGUAAUUCUCCCUUUGGAAAAAUCUUCUGCCAUCCAGCUGUCAGUUUAAAUGACUUGUAAUACAAAAAGCAUUUUAUGUAACAAA